AUGCAGGUUUUCGCAGCUGCGCUAAUUACCCUCAUCUGGUCAACACGAACUGUCACUGGGGACGUGAAUAGGUGCCCUUAUGGGUGUGAAUGUUCGGAGUGGAGAAGCUCCUCUGUUUCGUGUAGUGAAAUAGAUACUAUGCCUACGUUUCCUGCCAAUACGGAGACACUACGUCUCUUUGAAACAAGACUGACCUCUGUGCCUCAGAAUGCCUUUUCCAACAUGGUGAACGUCUCAGUAAUCUAUCUGUCCGUUGAUGUCACACUGAGGAGGCUAGAAAAGCAUUCUUUUUAUAACCUCAAAAAGAUCACACAUAUAGAAAUAAGAAACACCAGAAGUCUGACAGUCAUCAGUCCUGAGGCUUUCAAGGAUCUCCCAAAUUUAAAAUACUUAGGUUUGUUCAACACUGGUCUCACCGUGUUUCCUGACCUAACCAGGAUCCACUCUGAAGAUCCACUCUUUAUGCUAGAAAUUACUGAUAAUCUUUACAUCACUGAAAUUCCUGCCAAUGCAUUCCAAGGCAUUACCAAGGAUGUAUUAACAGUGAUGUUGUACAGUAAUGGCUUUACCAAAAUUCAACACCAUGCCUUCAAUGGAACAAAACUAGAUGCUGUAUAUCUCCACAGAAACAAGCAUCUCACCAGACUCGAAGAGAGCAUGUUUGCAGAAACCAUCAGUGGUCCAAUGCUCCUUGAUGUUUCAGACUCUGGCGUCACUUCCCUUCCGACAAGUGGCCUGGAGUCAAUCCGGGAACUCAGCGCUCGGAAUGUUUGGGCCCUCAAAAAGCUUCCCCCAGUCAAAACCUUCAGGCAUCUGAUCAGUGCUGAUCUGACUUAUCCAAGUCAUUGCUGUGCUUUCAAGAAUCUUAAGAAAAAGAAAGGGUUCCUGGAGUAUAUAAUUUGUAACUUGACUGCCAUGUAUGACCAGCACCAUAAGAGAUCAGUAGGCACACACAUAGUGCCAGCCCUUCAUGGUAGUAUAGACCAAGACAUCGACACUAGUGACACUCUGUUUAUGGAGGCCUAUGACCAUCAGGACUUCCACAGUAGGCUAAAUUACCAUGCCUCUUUUGGUGGUCAUCCUGACCAUGACAUGGGCUUUGGGGACACGCUGAAGAACCCCCAGGGGGACACCAGCCAGGACUUUGACAGCCACUAUGACUAUGUUGUGUGUGAGGAUGGAGAGGAGGUGGCAUGCUCCCCAGCUCCUGAUGAGUUCAACCCAUGCGAGGACAUCACGGGCUUCAGUUUUCUGAGAGUAUCUGUUUGGUUUGUCAGUCUGUUGGCUGUACUGGGGAACCUUUUGGUGCUCUUUGUGCUGCUCACUAGCCAUUAUAAACUCUCUGUCUCCCGAUUCCUUAUGUGCCACCUGGCCUUUGCUGACUUGUGCAUGGGAAUCUAUCUGCUUCUCAUUGCCUCAGUGGACCUCUAUACACAGUCAGAGUACUACAAUUAUGCUAUUGACUGGCAGACAGGGCCAGGAUGCACCCUUGCUGGGUUCUUCUCUGUUUUUGCCAGCGAGUUAUCAGUUUACACAUUGACUGUUAUCACUUUGGAGCGCUGGCAUGCCAUCAAUUUUGCAAUGCGCUUAGAUCGGAAAUUACGAUUGUCCCAUGCCUGUGCCGUCAUGGUUGGGGGCUGGUUCUUCUGCCUCCUGCUGGCCCUUAUGCCUGUGUUAGGGGUCAGCAGCUACCAGAAGGUCAGCAUCUGCUUGCCCAUGGACACCCAUACCCUAGUGGACCAAAUAUACAUCCUCUUUGUGCUUGUCCUUAACAUUGUGGCCUUUGUGGUCAUCUGUGCCUGCUACAUCAAGAUAUACUGUGCUGUACACAACCCCAACUACACCUCAGCCAGCAAAGACACCAACAUAGCCAAGCGUAUGGCUGUACUAAUUUUCACUGACUUUCUUUGCAUGGCACCUAUCUCAUUCUAUGCCAUGUCGGCUGUGCUGGACCACCCACUCAUAACCAUGUCCAACUCCAAGAUCCUGCUGGUGUUAUUCUACCCACUGAACUCCUGUGCUAAUCCUUUCCUCUAUGCCAUCUUCACAAAAGCCUUUCGAGGUGAUGUAUUCAUCCUGCUCAGCAAGGUUGGCCUCUGCCAGCAGCAGGCCCAACUAUUUCGGGGCCAAACCAUUACUUCCAAGGCAAGUAGUGGAGCCACAAGUAGGCGUGAGAAAGAACGGAAAUCCCCUGAGGAAACGCCGCUUAAUGUAGUGGAGUUUUCAGGGCACAGCUAUCUGUCACCCACCCAGCAGCAGCAGGGACAGCAAGAGGCAGACUUGACCCUUUUGGGCAUUGUUUGAAACAUUCAAGGAAUUAACUUCACUGGAGGAUUUCAGUCAACAAAUUAUUUACUUACAUAAAGCAAGAAGAAAAGCAGGAGGAACCUUUGUCCAGCAAAUGAGACUGAACCAACUCUGAGCCAAAGGGCAUUUUAAAGAGAUGAUCGGUUGGUCAGUAAAUAUAUGCCUGCUUGCAGCUGAUUUUAUUGUACACAUACGUCUACAAAGUCUUGGACUUUUAUUGCUCAAUAAUGCCUAAUAAUUCAGUCCAUCCCAGAUGUGUAUUUGCAUUUGAUUGGUUGCAGAAUACAAUGUGUUUGUAAAAAAAAGGGCUUGUCUGUAAAUUAGUCAACUUUGAUUUUAUGUAAAUAUUUAUUGCUUCUCGAAUGUAUAAUUAGUCUGGUUACCUCUUAAUUAGCAUGCAGAUUUUAAAUGAAAAAUGUAUAUUCUUUUAAAAAGCACGUGUGGUGAAGCUAAAUAGUUAAUAAAGAAGGCCUCACAUUCUUAUUUUCAAUGAAGGUUUAUCUGAGUCAACAUUUUAUGGUUUUAAAGACUUUUGCCUAAGCUGUGGUUUUGUAGUAGAACAAAGCAAGAUCUUUUGCAGGCUUUCCUAUAUUUUGCUGCUUCUGUUUUCUAUUAUUAUUGAAUCAAUUUUAAUAUGUCAUUCCUGCUUUAUGAAAAGUAUCUCCACAGCGUGAUAUUGUU